AUGCUGCAGCGAAGUGCUUCAGCAGCAACAAGGCUCAUCAGGGCCUCCCUGGAUAGCAGCAGCAGCAGCAGAUGCUGCUGCUGUUGCUGCAGCUGCAGCAGCAGCAGCAGCAGAAGCGCUUGCACGCCCCUAGGGGUAGCUGCAUAUUCGAGGGCCCUAAGACCUCUGCGUGUCGAUCAUCAGCUUCCUAGAAGCAACAGCAGCAGCAGCAGCAGCAGUCGCAGCACCAGAUUCAGCAGUAGCAGCAGCAGCAGCAGCAGCAGCAGCAACAGCAGGCUAAGCAGCACCAGCGUCACGCUCAGCAGCAGCAGAAUAAGCAGCAAGAGAAUCAGCAGCAGCAGCAGCAGUCGGGGUUUUGCUUCCUUUGACCUGCCUAGACACCCCACACGUACAGCAGCAAAUGGUGAGGGUAGGAGGAUAUUGCAAGAACCCCUUGCUGCAGCAGCAGCAGCAGAGCAUUUAGCAGCAGCAGCAGCAGCAUCAGAAGACCCUGACAGCUGCAUGCCAUUUUUCUCUCCAGGAGCAGCAGCAACAGCAGCAGCAGCAGCAGAAGCAGCAGCAGCAGCAGAAGCAGGCAAAGUUAAGAUGCCUUUUCUCUUCAUUGAUCCUGGAGGGCAACGAAUCCCUUUGCUUCGUCACUGCAGCAUCGAUCAAGAAGCUGCUGCUGCUGCUGCUGCUGCAGAAGCAGCAGAAGCAGCAGAAGCAGCACCAACAAAUGCAGCAGCAGAUUGGGAAGCAGCAGCAGCAGCAGCAGCAGCCGACGAGGGGAUCCGCUCGGAUAUGAGCAAGGGACAUGUUGGAGCUGAUGCCUGA